CUGCUCUUAAAGCGAAAGGUCAAAUCAGGGAUAGCCUGGCAUCUGCUUUCUGUCAGGGUCAAUCCAGAGGCCCACAGACAUUUGAGAUGAGGCGCACAAGUGGACUUGUGAGCAUGUGCAGAUGGUGACCUUGGGGGUAGGGCCAGUGGAUGAAUGUCCCUGGACACAGUGUUGAGAUAACCGGCACUCAAGAGAAGCACUCCCGUGCUACCCUCUGAACUGCAGCACAGUGAACAAUCUAGGAAUAAAGUAUCAUUCUGUUCUCUUGCCCCAGAAGUACCUGGAGUCUGGCUCUUCCAAAGUAAGAGUUAAGAAUACCAUGAUAAUUCCUGACUCUCAGAAGCUCUUGCGAAGUGAACUGGAGUCUCUCAGGACCCAGCUUCAGGCUCAGACUAAGGCCUUCGAGUUCCUGAACCACUCUGUGACCAUGCUGGAGAAGGAGAGCUGCCUACAACAGAUCAAGAUCCAGCAGCUUGAAGAAGUGCUGAGCCCCGUGGGCCGCCAAGGGGAGAAGGAGAGCCAUAACUGGGACUCGGAGCAGAUUAGGCAGGAGCUGUACGAGGCCCUGACCCAAGGGCUGCAGGGGUUGCAGAAGACGCUGAGGGAAGGUGAGGAGCUGCAACAGGCCCGUACCACUCGCUCCCUGAAGCUGUUGGCCCAGGAGAUCCGGGACAGCAAGAAGUUCCUGUGGGAGGAACUGGAGCUGGUGCGGGAAGAGGUGACUUUCAUCUAUCAGAAGCUCCAGGCCCAGGAGGAUGAGAUCUCUGAGAACCUCUUGAAUAUCCAGAAGAUGCAGAAAACACAGGUGAAGUGCCGCAAGGUUUUGACCAAGAUGAAGCAGCAGGCAUAUGAGCCGUCUUCAUGGCCAGAGGCUGAGGAGGUGACCGCAGAAGGCAGUGGCUCCUGGAAGGAUGACCUACAGAAGGAGCUGAGUGACAUAUGGUCUGCUGUCCACAGUCUGCAGAACUCCAUCGAUUGUCUUACCUUGUCCAUGGGCAGCAGGCCCAAGGCCUCCAGUCUCAGGGGGAUACAGAGUCCAAAUUCUGAAGUUGGUAGAGGGUCAUGUUCAGGAUGUGAAGGGCCAGCCCACCAUGUCUCUCUCACAGGCCACAAGGGACACCAGUGCCUGAAUUCUCAGUAUCCCUCUUGGGACUCCGAUUCUGACUGCGAGAGACCUUUCAGCAAGACCUGAUCCUAUCCUCCUGCUUGAGCAGCUGGGACUGCUUGCCCCGAAGACCCCUCCAGAGAAAAAAUAAACUAGCUGAGACCUUCCUCCAUGCUGGACUCUUUGCACCUGCUGGUUCUAGAGUCUGGGGUCCUCCCCAUGCCAUCCACAGAUG